AUACUAUUUCAUAUAGGUUCAAUUCAGCAUUUGUGUUUUCUGAAAAAUUAGGGCUUUAAUGUUUCUUGAGUUUUAUGUAACGCAUAAAUGACCUGGGGCUUUAACGAUAUUGACUUUAAAAAGAGGAUUUACACAGUUAUGCAAUAUUGAUUGUGGUGGCGUCUGGCCGACUUCAUGAUUUCCCUCAUGAUUCUUGACAGCACCUCAGUGAGGAGAAAUGGAAGGGACUGAGAGCAGCAAUAUCAAGGUUUCUAAAUGGUUUUCUUGCACGCACGUCCUAAAAUUCUAGGCAGUCAAGCACCAGCGCUUCAUUCUUCGAGUGCUGUCUGUGCUGCCCGCUUGUUCCAGGUGCUGGAGCUGAAGACACAGACAGCAGCGUUGCUGAUGUGAACUCACUGAAGUCAGAAGUGAUAGUCUGUCUCCUCAGAGCCUGCAGAAUUCCUCCUUAUAAUUGAAAACUGCUCAUUUCCCUUUUAUCUUUCUCUGAAACAUUGUUGUUAAUUAACAUGGCAGAGAGAACAAUGCAGACUUUUCUUUGUUAGAGGCUGGGAGAUCCAGGCUGGAGAAGGCAGCUCCCUGAGACCGUAGUGGCCUGUGGGCAGGAAGCAAAUGUCCUGAGUCCUGUGUGAGCUCCUCCAGAACCGCGGCCAUUCGUAAAGCAGUGCUGGGCACUCACUGUACUUGUUUCUCUGUCAACAAACUCAGUGACAUUUACCUCGCAUUAUCUGUUAAUUAUACCAACUGCAAUUGGAAUUAUAAUGGAAAACACAUAAAGCAUAUAAUAAAAUUAUUAAGGAAAUAAGGAAAUAAGUAUACUAAAGCUUUAAAUAAUUGUAUUUACUAUACUUUAGCACAUCUUGCUAACAAAGCAAAAGAGGGUACUGUGGAGAUUAUAAAAUUCUUAUUAUGUGAUUAUAAAAAGGAAACAAUAGUGGCCAAAAGCAACUUUCUCUUAGAAUUUAGUCCAGUGAUGUCAAUCAUAUAAGUCCUCACAUGGGGGAUGCUAAACAGCUUAACCAGCACUUUUUAGACUGUUCUUUAUUGAUGUUUGGCUCUUUAACCCAAGGUUUCCGUGCUAACAGUGUGGUUUAAUAGCGUAUACAGAAGCUCUUUGUGUAAGUCUUGGAUAAUAGAUGAAGACAUGUCUAGAUGUGGUGGUACAUGACUGUAACCCCAGCAUGCAGGAGUCACAAGCAGAAGGUCUGAGAGUUUGAGGCCAAUCUAGGCUACACAGGGAGUUUAAAGGCAGCCAGGUUUCUAUCUCAAAACAUAUGAAUUUAAAGCAAACCGUUAACAUUAAAGACUAUAAUUCAAUAACGGGUUUUCUAUGGGGUAUAAACUGAGGCAGCACAUCUGCUUUUCCUGAAUCGGUGGGGACCUGGAGGGGUGGACAGGCAGCCCUGCCUGUUCUAGUUUCAAACUUCUGACCUCAGCAGAGUAGGUUUAUUUUAUGGGAAGCACCUGCCGGUUGAUUGGAAGACAAGCCAUAUAAGUUGGGUAAAGUGUUUAGGACUCAAGGUUAACACUGUAGGGCCUGGGCUAAGUACUAAUAGCUCUGUCCUGGGGUAGGCUACUGAUGAGUGCUUGGAUUUGGGCAGUGUGACUCUUCAACGUGGCUCUUUCAAUUCCAUUAACUAGCAGAAGGGAAGUCAAGGGAUCCUGGGUAGUAAUUUGUGUGUGUUUGUGUGUGUUUCUACAGGUUUACAUAGGUAUAUGUAUAUGUGUGCAUUUAUACUGAAAGCCAAUCUCACCACCAAACCAUUCUAUGUUUGCGAGGGGAGAAGCCCCUGUCAGGUGACCACAGUGGACAGCCAGGCCUGUCAGGUGACGACAGUGGACAGCCAGGCCUGUCAGGUGAUCACAGUGGACAUCCUGGCCUGUCAGGUGAUGACAGUGGACAGCCAGGCCUGUCAGGUGAUGACAGUGGACAUCCUGGCCUGUCAGGUGAUGACAGUGGACAGCCAGGCCUGUCAGGUGAUGACAGUGGACAUCCAGGCCUGUCAGGUGACCACAGUGGACAGCCAGGCCUGUCAGGUGACCACAGUGGACAGCCAGGCCUGUCAGGUGACCACAGUGGACAGCCAGGCCUGUCAGGUGAUCACAGUGGACAGCCAGGCCUGUCAGGUGAUCACAGUGGACAGCCAGGCCUGUCAGGUGACCACAGUGGACAGCCAGGCCUGUCAGGUGAUCACAGUGGACAGCCAGGACAGGGGACUCUGCCCGUCCAUCUGUGACAACCCUCGUGUAGUUGUCCCUGGCUACUUCUUACACAAAAGGAAGACAAUAUAAUAACUGGUUUUUUGCAAUUCUAAAUUCAACUUUAUAAUGCGCAGUGCCUCCAAAACUGUAAACAUCCACUUGCCUAGCCCCACUUUUAAGAAGAGCAGCUGCUGCUGUCAGAUGAGACGGUGCUGCUGUUCUCGUGCCAUGACUUUUGUGUGUCUCAUUUCUGCUGGAGAAAUCACAAAUGAGAUUAGUACUAUAAGAAAACGCUUCCUUUUCAAUUAAGAAUGUUUGUAUUAAAAUGCAAAGAGAGGUUGGCUGCUUGUUCUACGGUAUCUGCUGGUUGAGUCCUGGUUCUUAUAUUCAUUCCCACAGAUAAAUUUCUCAUUUUAUAAGGGAAAAGGGUGGAAGUUUUCAGUUCUGAUAUUUAUAAGAGAUCCCCUUUCCCAGUUAUUAAAGCAAACAAGGCUUGAAUGUUUCUAGCGUGCCAGAAUUCAUAUUGUUUGGACUUAAUCUUUGUAAUUGUUUUCAUACUGUUUUCUUUUAGACAUGCACAGGUGAAGGCUCCUCCGGUGGAGCACGUGAGACAACAUGGGCUACACGGAACAGCAAAUUCCUUUCGUGUCCGUUAAACAUAGGGGACAGAAAUGGGGAUAAAAGCUAGCUUUGUCUACACCAAACGCUUCCGUGAAAUGUCCAAAGCUCUGGAAAGAAUUACGUCAUCACUGUGUAAUGAAGUUUACAGUUAAAGCCACUUCUGAUGAUGAAGAUGAAUUAGCAUAAGAUAGUAUUGGGGCCAAAUAGCAUGCAGUCACUUCCAAGUGGUUCAUCUCAACAGUGUCAUGCUGCAUGGCAUGGCAUGGUUUAAAUGUAAAAGAUGCAGCACACUUGAUACUUAGUCUUCGCUAAUAUUUGCUGCACUCUGGUUUUGCCACGAAAAGGAAUCGAGGCUGAUGCAAUUUUCUAGUAAUCCUCAGUAAUCAGAAGGUUUAGCAUAGUGUUCUGUAGCGACUUAAUAUAAAUCGAGAGAUCAGCUUUAAGCAAACACAGUUGACGUUUUUCCUGAUUUGGUUUUGAAGUUCAGGACGAAUGGACUGAAAUAAACAUGCCCCACUGUGUGCU